UCCAAGAUGGCGGCGCCCAGCGAGGCGGAGGAAGAGACAGCAGUUUACCUGGUCGUGAGUGGUAUUCCCCCGGGGUUGCGCUCGGCCCAGCUACGGAGCUACUUUAGCCAGUUCCGAGAGCAGCGCGGCGGAGGCUUCCUCUGUUUCCACUACCGGCAUCGGCCUGAGCGCGCCCCUCCCCACGCCGCUCCCGAGUCUGCCCCGACUGCUGCCGGCCCUGCUGCUGAGGGUCCAGCUCUCGCCGAGACUUCGGCCACUGAUGCCCGCGCUGGCUCGACCCGCACCUGCUGCUGCGUGAUCUCGGUACGAGGGCUGGCGCAAGCCCAGCGAUUUCUCCGCAUGUACUCGGGCCGCCGGUGGCUGGAUUCCCAGGGCACUUGGCUGCCGGGUCGCUGUCUCAUCCGCAGACUUCGACUACCUACUGAGGCAUCAGGUUUGGGCUCCUUUCCCUUUAAGACCCGGAAGGAGCUGCAGAGUCGGAAGGCUGACGAUGAAGCCUUCACCCUGGCCGACCUGAGGCAGCUGCCAGAGCUGAACCCACCGGUGCUGAUGCCCAAUGGCAACGUGGGCACUCCCCUGCGGGUCUUCCUGGAGUUAAUCAGGGCCUGCCGCCUGCCCCCUCGGAUCAUCACCCAGCUGCAGCUCCAGUUUCCCAAGACGGGAUCCUCUCGACGCUACGGCAAUGUGCCCUUCGAGUACGAGGACUCCGAGACUGUGGAGCGGGAAGAGCUUGUGUACACAGCUGAGGGUGAGGAAAUACCGCAGGGAACCAGCCUCGAAGUGCCAGCCAGCCCCUGUGGAGGGCCUGAGGAGGAAGGGGAGAAGGAGGAGGAGGAGCCGCACUCAGAAGAUGACGAUGACCGGGGUGAGGAGUGGGAGCGGCACGAAGCGCUGCACGAGGAUGUGACGAGGCAGGAGCGAACCACCGAGCGGCUCUUCGAGGAGGAGAUCGAGCUGAAGUGGGAGAAGGGCGGCUCCGGCCUGGUGUUCUACACCGACGCCCAGUUCUGGCAGGAAGAAGAAGGAGACUUCGAUGAACAGACAGCCGAUGACUGGGACGUGGACAUGAGUAUAUACUACGACAGAGGUGCUGGAGACAAGGACGCCCGGGACGCUGUCCAGAUGCGUCUAGAACAGAGACUCCGUGAAGGCCGGGAAGAUGGCUCUGUGAUUGAACGCCAGGUGGGAACCUUUGAGCGCCACACCAAGGGCAUUGGGCGGAAGGUGAUGGAGCGACAGGGAUGGGCCGAGGGCCAAGGCUUGGGCAGCAGGUGCUCAGGGGUGCCCGAGGCGUUGGAUGGUGAUGGCCAGCACCCCAGAUGCAAGCGUGGAUUGGGGUACCACGGAGAGAAGCUACAGCCUUUUGGGCAGCAGAAGAGGCCCCGCGGCACCGGCCUGGGGCUCAUUUCCACCAUCUACGACGAGCCCCUACCUCAGGACCAGGGCGAGGCACUGCUGCGCCGCCAGCCAGCCACCAGCAUGAAGUUUCGGACAGAGCCCGCCUUCGUGAGGGCAGCCAGCUGCGCCGAGCCCGAGUGACGGCGCCGGCCGUGCGGGGGCAGCCGCCGGCGGGGACACGGUCACCGAAGCCCGCUCCCCGCCUUUCGGACUUCAAGGCUUGACGAGCGCUGCCCGUGGGUCUGCCAAGCCCCCGCCCGGCCCCCGUGCUCUGAAAAGCUGGGCUGUCCGCAGUUACCCACGCGGCCUGGGAAGAGGGGCGCGCUCCAGGU